GGAGAAAUGAACGACCCGCAGCCUCUGCAGGAGGAGAGGUAUGACAUGUCAGGAGCCCGCCUGGCCCUAACACUGUGUGUCACCAAAGCCCGGGAGGGUUCUGAGGCAGACCUGGAUGCCCUGGAACAAAUGUUCCGACAGCUGAGAUUUGAAAGCACCGUGAAGCGGGAUCCCACUGCCCAGCAAUUCCUUGACGAGCUGGAAAAAUUCCAGCAGCUCAUAGACAGCUGGGAAGAGCCUGUCAGCUGCGCCUUUGUGGUGCUGAUGGCGCACGGUGAGGAGGGUCUCCUCAAGGGAGAGGACGAGAAGAUGGUGAAGCUGGACGACCUCUUCGAGAUGUUGAACAACAAGAACUGCCAAGCUCUGAGAGCCAAGCCCAAGGUGUACAUCAUACAGGCCUGUCGAGGAGAGCACAGAGACCUUGGCGAAGCGGUCGGUAGGGACGAGAUGGUGAUGGUGACCAAGGAAAGCCCCUACACCAUCCCAACGUACACAGAUGCCCUCCAUGUCUACGCCACGGUGGAGGGGUACAUCGCUUACCGACAUGACGUAGAAGGUUCCUGCUUCAUCCAGACCCUGACGGAAGUGUUCAUGACCAGGAAAGGGCCCAUCCUGGAACUGCUGACAGAGGUGACCCGCCGAAUGGCAGAAGCCGAGCUGAUGCAGGAGGGGAAGGCCCGGAAAGUGAACCCUGAGAUUCAAACCACGCUGAGAAAAAGGCUGUAUCUCCAGUGA